AAUGCGUUGGAGUGAGUAGGAGCAUAUCGGAGCAUGGCGACGCGAACAAACCAUUAGCAUUACGAGGACACGAGUUGACACGAGUUGUGAGGUGAGUUGUGAGCUGAGUUUAUACAGACCUGACGUAAAUAAAGCUGUUUGCCACACUAUUAGAAAAUAUUAGAAUAUCAAGGUAAGGUAUAUAAUUACUGUGUUCGGCAAAGCAAAUCUGAGACGUCGGAGUGCUCUUUUACCUCAUUCUAGGUCGGUUGUUCCGACUUCUUAGUAAACUUAUCUAUCAAGUAAAUAUAUGUUCGUCUUUAUUUAUUUAAGAAAAGAAAUGAGGAUAGACACAUGCUUAUCUGGUAGGUAAAUUUACCAAGAAAUUGGAACAACCGGCCCUCUAUCUUUAUUCAAUUUCAGUAAAUAACAAAGAAUGUGUCAACAGAGCCUCCAGACGCCUCAGAUUUGCUUUACCAAACGCCCCCAAUAUAAAAAUUAACCUUUCAAUUGUAUAUGUUAGUCUGAGACAUCUAACACAAAAUAAGAGUAUGUUCCAUUUCACGCGCACAAAAUGCAUUUGUUCAUCCUUAUUUAUCGUUUGACAAACAACAAGAAUGAACGAUGCAUUAUGCAUGAAACGGAAUGCAUCCUUCCCAUGAGAGACAGAAAAUCAUCCAGGAGAAAGAAAGAAGAAGAAGAACGCAUCCUAACAUCUACUUCUCUAGUUUGCUACUGAUCCGGUGGACCACCAUUUAAUAUUUUCCUAAUAUUUUUUUUCCUCUAUUUUCGUGCAUUGUCUUAUCUAUUUGUGUCAUUCCUAAUUCUCAUAUUACAAGCUUAAAAAUAUCAAUUAGAAUGAGAAGGCGAUAAAAACAUGGUCUAAUGAACUGGAGUAUGGAAUUAUAAAGGUGAAAAUAAGUAUAACAAGCUAAGAGUAGAAAUUUCUAAAAGUUUCUUCCAUCUAUUCUUAUUCUUAAAAAGAAUAAGUGAUAAAAGAAAUUUAAUAAUUAUAUCAAAAUUUGAGGUGAUGGGUUUAAACUAAAUAAUUAUCAAGCUUUAUGCCCGCACAAUCAAAUAUUAGUUACUGUUAAGAAAUGAAAUACAAGACGACAAAAUUUCUUGAGCAUUUUAAAGUUGAUUAAAAAUGAGAUAUUCCAUAAAUAAUGUUUACCAAAUAACAACAAGAUUUUCAACUGUAAUGUUGAUAGAUAUUUUAUGAUUUUUUUUUAAUAUCUUAACUUAAGGCAAGGAAAAUAGUGUUAGACGCAACAUAUUCUUGUAUAAGUUAAUAAAGUGCCAAAAAUAUUAAUAUAGUGAGUGGGUUGAAGUGAAAAAGUUGUAGGAAUGUAGGAAUAUAUAUUAUAUUUCACAUAUGAUAGAUUUUACUGUUAAACUUGCCAAUAAAUUGUAAUCUGUUUAAGAAUUUUAAAGAAGAUUGACACAUCACUUGGACUACGUGCCUGCAUUUUUAUAUAAUCUACAUUUUUAUAUAAUCACAACAGAUGACUUCUAUAAAAGGAAAAGAAAAGGAAAACUUAAUGCCACAAAGACAGACCCGCAGAAAAUGGGAUCCGCAAAACAUGGCAAAAGCAAUAGAAGCUGUUCGUAAUAAAGAAAUGGGAGUGCACAAAGCAUCGAAAAAGAUGCAUGUACCAAAAUCUACAUUACAACGAUUAGUUAAUAUGAAAUAUUGUUCUCCUAAAGAGGCUAUGUCGUGUAAAAUAGGAAGAAGUCCUGUGUUUAAUGUUGAAUUAGAAAAGGAGCUUGUUGAGUACUGUUUGACAAUGGAAAAGCUUUUUUAUGGUCUGACAAGAAAUGAUUUACGUUAUUUGGCAUUACAAUUAGCCAUUAAAAACGACAUUAAGCAUCCUUUUAAUGGGAUGGCCGGCAAGAAAUGGCUUACCUAUUUUUUACAAAGACAUCCUAGCUUAUUGCAUUGUAAACGUACAAAAACAUCUUUUGCUGGAAAGGAAAGAUUUAAUGAAACAAAUGUUAACAAGUUUUUUGAUUUAUUGGACGCUGCUUUUAAUGAAUACAAUUAUCCAGCAGAUCGUAUUUUUAACGUUGAUGCGUUGGGUUUAACCGUUCUUCCAAGCAAGACACCUCAAAUCAUCGUACGGAAAGGAACACGUCAGAUCAAUGCGAUAACAUUAGCAGAAAGAAACUCUUUAAUAACAGUCAUUUCCUCGAUGAAUGCUGCUGGAACAUUCAUUCCUCCUAUGAUUAUAUUUCCAGAAAAGAAUAAUAAUACGAUAAACAUAUUAAUGAAAGGUGCCCCUCCUAGUUCAAUCGGUGAUAUACAUCCAUCAGGGUGGGUACAAAAUAAUUUAUUUACCAAAUGGUUGAAACAUUUUAUUUCCAAAACCAAACCAAGUAAAGAUGAUCCUGUCUUGCUGCUGUUUGAUGGAUGUCAUAGUUAUGUCAAAAAUAUUGAUUUAAUAAAUCUUUCUAGAGAACAAUUUAUAAAAAUAAUUUCGUUUCCUCCACAUACAACACACAAGCUUCAACCGUUAGAUAAGUCUUUUAUGGACCCAUUAAAAACAUACUACUUAGAACAAGUUAAAACGUGGAUACGUAUAACAGGGCUGCCGAUUACUCAUUACAAUGUUAUGAAUUUAUUUGGCCGUGCUUAUAUCAAGUGUCAAACCGCUCAAAUUGCUAUCAAUGGCUUUAGAGAAACAGGAGUAUAUCCCCCAAAUCGCAAUGUAUUUUUUAAUGCAAAUUAUUUAACAUUUCGAGAAGAAAAUAAAGAAAUAAAAGAAGAAACACAAUCUGAAAAUGUUUCAAUUUUAUCUCGAACUCAAGCGCACUUAUGCGCAUCAAAUGAAACUGUUUCUGUCGACAGCGAUACAUUGAACAAAGCUUCCUGCUCUACAAUAUUUGUUGAACCACAACCAUCUAUAUCGUGUGACAUUUCCCCAUUUGACAUUAUUUCAAUAUCUCCAAAACGACGAAAAGUGUCAAUUAGAGGUCGUAAAUCUUUUGAAACACAGGUGACAUUACAUCAAGAAAAAUUACAACAUGCGAUAAAGGAAAAAGAACACGAACAAAUAAAAAGAGGUAGAAGUCGAGGAAAAAAUCGAGAAAGAGGUCGUGGAAAAAGUCGAGGGAAAAGUUGUUAAAAUUCAGACAAAUCAGUUAACAACUCGGUUAACAAAUAUCUAACUAAAAAGUCCUAAUAAUUUAAAUAAAUCAAUACAUUACCAUUGAUGAUUUGCACAUUUUUUACAAUAAACAUCUUUUUAAUGACUACAAGUCUAUUUUUGAGUCUUAUUCUGUAAAAAAUUGAAUGUCUGGUGAAGGACCUGAUUACUUUCUAUGUAAGUUUUAUCAAUGAUUGAUAAUCUUAAUUUUCUUUUCAAAUCUUAUAAAUCGAGUUAAGACCAUUGCACGUAUGUACAUUUCCUUAAUCGUAAUCAUAAGAUUUCGACCAAUCAUAUUGCUCAAAUUAGUCGCAACCGACUGAAUUAACCAAUCGUAUUGCUCAAUUUCUUACGAUUACGAUUAAGAAAAUGUACGCGCAAUGGCCUUUAUAAAUUGAAUUUUUUAUUGUAAAAAGUAUUGUAAGUUGAAUACAAAGUUUUUUCAGCCACGAUUUACAGCAAUGAAAGUUUUCUGUUAGACCGCCAAUUAGAAAAGUUGUAGUCAAUUGGAACGUGGUCAAUCGGGGCUCUCCCAUAUAAAUUUAAAAAAAUAAAAUCGCUGUGCACCGUGAGAUAAGAAAGAGAAUCUGGUAACAUUAGUAUGGUGAAAUCGUCAAAAUUAAUAAUUUUACCCUCACCUGGUUGUAAUUCUUACUUUCAUCGUCGCGUUGUAUAAAUGUAUUCAAAUUGAUGACACGAAAAAAGCUUGCUUAGGAAAACCUGCAAAACAACAUGAUUAAGAUCAAACGAUGGCACAAUAUCUUCUGUACACAAUCCUCAAGAAUUUAUGCAUAAUGACAAAGUAUCGAUGAAAUCUACAGAUUUGAAAAAGAGAAGUUGAAUGGAGAGGAGAAAUGGGAAGAAGGGACGGCAGAUGAAGUUUAACGAUCAUGAUAUUCUAAAAAAUGUCGAAUUGCGACCAACCUACUUCACAGCUCUUGUUGGCGAAAGGCAGUGCUCGUCUUGUACAUAUUUGGGUAUUCCCCAUUCUCCUUUUUUUACGUGUGUAUAUAAGAUCAGAAUAUACAAUUAAAUUAGCUUUGAAAUAGGUUGCACUUGAUAUUAUCAUUGUCAUAGUACAUGUAGGCUGCGGCAUCAUUUCAACGGUGGUACGCUAAAGAAACCGGAAAGUUGUACAAGUAAAAAGCAUAUCGGCUUUAAAACUGCGAUUCUUAACUGUAAGACAGAAUAUUUGGAUAUAACAGGAAUCGUUGUGUGUGGUAUGUACAACAAACUCAUCGAAAUUAAUGUAAUCAGUUUUCUCUCCUUUCGCACGCACAAUCUCCGGUGUUCUUUAUUAAUUCUUCUCAUUCUUUUAAUUUCUCGCAAAACUUCGCGUAUCCUUUUGUCGCACCACCAGAAAUACGCGCAGUUAUCGUCGUUAGAAUGUACACUUACUGUAUUAUUGCUAUUUAACGCGAUAGAUUAACUUACAAUCUAAGAUUUGUACAUCUGUGGAUUUGCUGUUCAAUGAUGAUGAUGCCUACAAGAAGAGAUAAAGAAUAUGUCUCAAAAAAACAUGCCUAUUUUUGCAAUUAAA